AUGGGUGCUCUCAAUUUCAAGCGCCAUCGCCUCCAAGGGCGGACGGAGGGCGGUAUCAGGAAACUCCGAGCGGAGCGCGAGACAUUCCUCAAGAAAACAAAGCAAACCGAAGUUGAUGAUGAGGAGUUGGGUGUUGGGCGGAGAUUGGCCAGGAGGCUUGAGGGUGAAUUUGAACAGGUGGCUGUGGAGAGUGGUUUGGGGGAAAGCAAGGGAAGUCCGGCCUCGAAUGAUAGAUCAAAGGUGAAUUUGGUCGUGAGCUCGUCCCCGCCUCCUGCUCCCAUCACCAUGAAGCGGAGCCAAUUCAUGGCUUUGGUUGACGGAGACGAUGACGAGGAUUUGGGUGUUGUUGGGAGUAGAUUGGCGAGGAAGCUUGAAGAAGAAUUCAAUCAGGUGGCUGUGGAGAGUGGUUUGGGAAAAAACAGAGAUGGAUCGAAUAUGGUGGAUUUGGUCGGGGAAGUCGAAGGAUCAAAGUCUAUGAGCAAGAAAGGUAGUGCAAAAACCAGAAUAAUUAGAGAGAACGGUGGUUCAAGUGGGACUGGUACUUCUUCGAGUUGGGCAAACCGUGGCUCCAUUAGAGGUUUUCGAUGA